AGAAUGAUGGAAAUGAUCCUUUUUCGUGUCGCCCGUAAGCAAGAUGCCGUCGCUUACCGUGAAAGACGUUGAUCAGCACGAAUUCGUGGUCGGCAUGGCCGCCUUCCUGAAGAAAUCUGGCAAACUUAACGUGCCGGAUUGGACUGAUAUAGCGAAAACCGGCAUCUACAAGGAGCUCUGCCCCAACAACGCUGACUGGUUCUACGUGCGUUGCGCCGCGCUUUUGCGCCAACUCUACUACAGAGGCCAGAUCGGCGUAGGCCGACUUACUCAAGUCUACGGGGGUCGUUACCGCCGCGGAGUUCGUCCGUCGCACUUCUGUAAGGGAUCUUCAUCCGUCAUCAGAAAAUCCCUCAGAUCCCUCGAGCAAAUGAAGCUCGUGGAGAAGGAAACCGAGAAGGGAGGACGCAAACUCUCCAAGCAAGGCCGAAGGGACUGUGACCGUAUCGCAGCUCAAGUUCAGAAGAAGUCGACCAUGUUGGCGGGGAAGUGAAAAGUUCCAGAGUUCUUGGAAUAAAGAGGUCUUGGAAAAGGAA